GCACUGGGUUUGAUAAUAACCGAUAAUGGAGUGGGAAAAGCCUUCAUCAAGCGCAUUGCUGCCGGAACUGUUACAGCAAAAGCAAACCCGGCAAUUGAGGUGGGUGAUUACAUCGAAAGUAUAAAUGACGAGAGUAUGGUUGGAAGAAGACAUUUUGAUGUUGCGCGAUAUUUGCGAACCCUUCCUGUCGGCACAACGUUAGAAGCGCCAAAUAACUUGCUAAUAAGCAAAAUGAAUGACAUAUUCAAUUCUUAUCUGGGUUUUCACGAUGAUGAACUCGCGCAUACAGUUUGUGAAUUGGCUGCUACGAGCGAAAACGUUAACGAUUUCAUGAACACCCUUAAAACGGUAUGA